AUGAUCGGGACUGUUUUCGGGCACCAUCGACGACUGGCGGUUAUUCUGACGAUGUGCAGUCUCGGCUGGAUGCUGACGAUCGAGCUGGGGGGCGGGCAGGAGGCGGGCUCAGCGGGGAGCCGGCUGAGUGCGAGUCUGCGGCGGCAGUAUCCGGGGACGCCGACGACGGCGACAUCGGCGGGUCUGGACUGGCUAGGACGAGGGGGGCGCCGGGCGAGCAUGCGGUUCCGGGCGGAGACGUAUCCGGGGCCGGCGACGAUCGGGCCCCGGCCGAAGCGCGAGUGGAUCCGGCGCCUCCAGUUCGACGGCUACGUGGUCUACCCCUCCCAGGUCUCCGCCGGCGGCGGCCCCGCGGGCGCGUGCAGCUGGGAAAACUCCGGCUGCCUUCGGACGCCCGAGCACGGCUUCAACGAGUCCUUCGAUAUCGUCCACCCCGAUCCCAACACGUGGGUCGUCAACUUUGAUGAUGGUCCGCUGCCGCCGUCCGAGACCCUGUACAAGAUCCUCGAUGAGCUCGAGCUCAAGGCGACGCACUUCUGGAUCGGGGGGAACGUGUUGAAGUACCGCGAAUUGGCGCUGAAGGCCGCUCGGCGGGGGGACCAUCUGGCGGUGCACACCUGGUCGCAUUCCCAUCUGACCUCGUUGACGAACCACCAGAUCCUGGGCGAGCUCGGCUGGACGAUGCAGAUCAUCGCGGACCUGACCGGCAAGGUGCCGCGAUUCUUCCGGCCGCCGUACGGGAACAUCGAUAACCGGGUGCGGGCGAUUGCCAAGACGUAUGCGACGGGCGACCAGGUGGACCGGCCAGAGGGUGCGGCGCUGGGCCGGACGGUGGCCCAGGUGGCCGAGGACAUCGCCCGGUUCGCCGGCCAGCCCGCCGCCGCCGGGCUGAUCCUCGAGCACGAGCUCAGCCUGGAGGCCGUCGAGGCCUUCCGACUCUCCUUCGGCGCCGUCCGCGCCCGCCACUUCGGCGCCGUUGGCCCGCUGCCCGUCUGCCUGGAGGGUGGCCAGGCGGCGUGGUACCAGCAGUAG